AUGGAUUCACUCUCCAUCUCCCCGCAACUUCUAUCCCCGUCAUCAACCGCCAGGCAGAAUCGACAUCAUACCUUCCGAAGCUCCCCCUGGUCCAGUCCGCCUUCUGUAUACGUCCGUUCCCCGCCGUCUCCACCAGCGAGGCCAGAGCCAUUGAAUCUCCAGACGCGGCGAUUACAGCUGCGAAACGCGCGUUUCCAGGGAACUCGAAUCUCGCCAAAUAAGACAGCCGUGUCGGAGCAUUUGGCGACAUCAUGGCGCACUACGUCUCCGGCAUCUGAUGUUUCGGUCGAUAAAGAAAAUCAAUCCCCUUCUCCUGAUAACGCCUCAGAACAAAGCCAAGACAGUAAAACGCCCGGGUCGGCACGGAGGAGCUUCAGUAUUCUACAAGAAAUUCACGACUCGUCACAAAGAGGUCGCAAAUUGCGUCGUCCUUCUUUGUCGCGGCUUUUUGGUCCGCCGCUCGAUGGUUCGGAGCAUUCUUUGAGUCGACGAUAUUCAUAUCGGUCCCCGUCAUCCGUGCGACAGCUGUCCCCUUAUUCUAUUUUGAGGGAGAAUGAUGCGGAUCUCUUGACGACAACUAAUAAUCAACAGAACCGGUCCUCGCCGUUGUCAACUUUAAAUACAAACAGACCGAGAAGUAAUAGUCGCGAUAGAGCAGACAACUACGCAACGGAGAGAUAUAUCGAGCAUCUAGAAGCACAACUAGCCGCUGUACAGAACCAUUCCAGUCCAAUGCAGGCAUCAACCACCAAGCCCCAGGUCUCCAAGCUGAGGGCGCUGAAUGCCGAGAUCAAAGUGCUACGACAGGAGAUUGCGGAGUGGGAGGAUAAGUUUGAUGUUCGAGUGCAUGAAGAAGUUGGACUUCGGACAGAUGUUGAGAGUAAGCUUCGAACCAAGAUUAUCUUUUUGGAAGGCCAACUCGAGGAUUAUGCCACUCGUAUCAAGGAAUUAGAGUGUGAGCGGGAUUUGCAGGCACAGAAGCUACGAAACGUAGAAUCUCUACGAUCCACGAAUCGGGGACUCGAAAGGCGUAUUGACGUCUUGACAGAACUUCUUGCCCAGUCUCCGACGAAAAUAGAACCUCGCAGUCCAGAACUAUCGCCCAUCCGCAGUCCUGGUCCCCGUCUGUCGCGACCUAAGUCAAUGCUCCCGUCUGUACCUUCGCGUUCGGACGUUGUCUAUCAGCCACCUACCGAUCCAAGCUUGAACGUUGACCCUGAGGCUAGUGUUGAGAAACAUUCAGAGCCAGAGGUUCCCGAUCUGAUUCCUGAUGACUCCACUAUUGCUUCUUCGGUAAUAUCCAAAUCUCAGCGUUCGUCUACAAUUUCCCGUCCUUCAUCCAUCUCAUCACCAUGGAGUGUUCCUCUUCCUUUCUCACCAGAGUUACAAGGUAAAACUCCAGUGCGAUCGCGAAAUAUGCGGCGGUUUCCUUCGGGAACUUGCACACUGAAACCUUUGAUAUUACCUACUACUGCUACUCCCACACCCACAUCACCACAGCGACAGUUCCUUUCAGGCGAACCCUACUCUUCGAUCUACAGUCCUCCUGGCUACGGCGGCACCGAGGAUGCAACCCGAUUCGCGCAAGAAGAAACAUUGGCUGCUUUGGAAGGUCGUACAAGGCAUUAUCAAGAAUAUGAAGACAUGUCGGAGCCAGAAGAUGACAACAUGUCGGACUCACCGUUGUCAAGGAGAUCGGGCCCUGAGACUAUGCGCUUUGCGUCAACACUAGACUCUGAGCUUGAGGAAGCAGAGCGAAAUAACGGAUUUGCAAUGUCACGGUCAAGUCAAUCAAGUGAAACUUACUCCCAGCUCAACACUCCUGGUGGAUCAUGUCGUCUGAAUAUAUACGGUAGCUACAACACACCUAAGGCGUAUAGCAAGGUACCGUUAUCAGUGCGCAAAAGUAGCAGUGUCGACUUGGAAGCCGGCAUCUCCCGAGACCAGAAAAUGUCGUCCUUUGCUCGAACGUUGAUUGUAGGGAUAUGGAAGAAUAGUCUCAAACAACUCGGCCGACUUUCGUGGUGGGUUCUGGGAAUUCUGUUUGGAGCCGAACAGCGAAACGAGUGGGCAAAGAGUUCAUCCUCAUUACGAGUGCGCAUGAAACCAGAAACUCAACAUCGACCUUCUCUGCCUGUCUGCCACGCAUGUGGCCAGUGUUCACAAGCUCACAGACGAGAGGAGAGCACCACUUCGAACAACGAGAAUCUCGACAGUAUCAAUCGUACCAUACUCAUGUGGACAAAACUCUCUGUCGCAAUAAUAGUAGCUUUCGGACGUGCGAUUCGCUAUGGGCCUGAAGCAGUGCUGCUCGAAACCCGAAACGACAAACCAACGAAUGAAUCUCGCCCAUCAUCGUCGAUCCGUUAUAACAGACACAUAUCAAUCGACCAGACGAACUCAUUCAGCCCGCGCAAUAAGAACGAAAUCGAAGAUGAACAUAUUGCAUCCGAGGAAUACACAGCCUGGCCCAUGAGACCCUUGACGGCUGAGCACUUUUUCAUCAGCUGA